AUGUCGACGACAGCUGAUUCCAGCAGCAAUUUGCUGCGCAAGAGUCGCCAGGAAAGGAUGCUCGAAGACAGCAUCAACAAUCCUAUACCUCCUGCCAUUGAGGCAGAGAUUGAAAAAACCCAAGAUGCCAAUUCCGAGGACCUGGAGGCCGAUGGCGGAAACGAAAAGGAAGAACAGCAUCCUGAAAACGGCAAGUUGUCUUCUUUGAAAGCUUCUCACAGCAUGCCUAAACGUACCAAAAAGUUCAUCAUCUUGGUUGCGUGCGUUGCGGCAAUGGGAGGUCUCAUCUUUGGUUACGAUAUCGCCGGUGCAGGUGCGACAUUCGUAAUGGAAGGCUUCGAACUUCAUUUUGGAUGGAAAUGUGUCGAAGGAGACCUCGAGUGUACCCCGGCUACCACAAGCGAAAUCGAUCGCGACAAGGGCUUGAUCAAUGGAUUGUUUGGCAUUGGCGCCACCUUCGGAGCCCUGAUCAAUCCUUACUUUGCUGAAAAGCACGGCAGACGAAUUUCCUUGAGUAUCUCUGCCGUGGUGUUCAUUCUCGGGGCAGCGAUUCAGAGUUUUAGUCCUACCAUGGCGGUCAUGUGGACCGGUCGCAUCUUUAGCGGCAUGGGCAUUGGUAUGCUCAGUAUGUGUGCUCCCAUCUACAUUGCCGAGUGCUCCCCCGAGCACAUUCGUGGCGCUUUGGGUACAUUGUGGCAACUGGCCAUUACCCUCGGCAUUGUGGUGGCCAGUGCUGCCAAUCUCGGUUUGCAACACUUGGAUUGGGGAUGGCGCCUGAGCUACGGUGGCAACAUUUCGUUUGCCAUUGUCAUGUUGAUCUGUUUGGCGUUUAUGCCCGAGUCUCCCCGUUGGUUGGCGGCUCAUGCGAGUGAAGAAGAAACGCGCAAGGCUCUGGCUCGGAUGCGUUUCGAGGACGAGAUUGACCUGGAAUACACCAAGAUUAUGAUUGAGAUUGGCGAAGAAUUGGAAAUGGGAGUAGCUCCUUGGAGUGAAGUGUUUUCUGACCACAACUGCAUGCGCCGUCGUGUGUUGCUCGGAGUGCUGUUCUUUGCAUUUCAGCAAUUGGCAGGCAUCAAUGCAGUCAUGUUCUACGCUCCUGACAUUUUGAAUAAGUUCUUUUCGGAGAACACGGCUGUCUAUGGAACGUUUAUUCUGAAUGUGGUGAACUGUUUGGCCACGUUUAUCACCGUUGCGACGGUGGAUAAGUUUGGCCGUACCAAGCUGUUGGUGGUGGGCGGCUGUCUGAUGUUUCCCUUUUUGUUGGUGAUUGGUAUUUUGGCAACUGUGGAUCAGACGCAAGGAGUGGGGUAUGCCGUGAUUGUGUUUUCUGCCUUGUACAUUAUCAGUUUUGCGGCCAGUUGGGGCCCUGUUCUUUGGGUGAUUGUGGGCGAGAUGUUUCCAUUCCGUACUCGCGGCAAGGCAGUGGGUGCAGCAACGAUGAGUCAUUGGAUCUUUACUACGAUUGUGGGAGCGUUGUUUCCGGUGGCAUCUUCAGCGUCUCUGUCCGCCUGUUUUUUCUUUUUCGCGGCCAUGAUUUUCAUUGGUAACUGUGUGGUCUACUUUUACCAAGUGGAGACGGCAGAAAGGACGAUUGAACAGAUUGACGAGGCCUAUGCUACCCACAAGCCUGCUUUGAAACGCAAGGAUUGGUGA